AUGUUCAGAAAUUGGAUCAGUUUUGUUGAUGCCUGCCACCAAUUAGUAAAGCCAAGCAUCACGUUCUCUGACAUUGAUGAUGGCCAUAAAUUUCUUCAAGAAUUCUGUACUGAGUACCAGCGUAUUUACACUCCAACUAUUCUCACCUGUAACAUGCAUUUACAUCUCUAUCUUUGCGAGACCAUCCGUGAUUUUGGACCAGUAUAUGGAUAUUGGCUCUUUGGGUUUGAGCAAUAUAAUGGUCUGCUAAAGAACGUGAAUACAAACAGAAAAGAUUCCUUUGAGGUUACAUACAUGAAUAGUUUCGUCCAAGAUACAUUCAAAGACUAUCAGCCUUCAUCCAAGCAUACUCAAACCCUUCUCUUCCAGUUCUUGGCAAUGAACCUCUUCCUCUAUCUGCAUUUCCUCUCCAUAUCGAACCCAUCAGCAAUGAGUGAUGUCAACUAUCCUCGUUUGCUUGAUUACUAUAAAGUCGCAUACUGCAUGCCAAAGCUUGAAGGUUACCAGCAUCCCUCCUCUCCAUUCUCCUUUGUCAACAACCAAAUCAUAAAGUUGAAAUCAAUCAAUUUGCUUGGUCAGGUUUACAAAGGCUGCAAAUAUGCUUCUGGUCGUGGCUCAUUUGUUCAAUCUCUGUUCCUUGGAAGUCAAGGCAAUAAUCAGUUGGCAUACACUGGCCAAAUUCAGUAUCUGUUCUUGCACUCUUUCACUCCACCAGUAGACAACACAGAGCUCCAAGCACUUAUCAUUUAUCAAGAUAAACACGUGUUUGUGUUUGUUAAGUAG